AUGGCCCGGGCGGGCGGCGGCGGCGCAGCAGCUCCCGAACGCGCGGGGGGCGCGACGCGGCCGGAGCCGUGGGAGCUGUCCCUAGAGGAAGUGCUGAAGGUGUACGAGCAGCCCAUCAACGAGGAGCAGGCCUGGGCGGUGUGCUUCCAGGGCUGCCGCGGGCUGCGGGGCGAGCCGGGCGGCGUGCGGCGCAUCCGGGACACGGCAGACAUCCUCCUGCGUAGGGACGGCUCGGUUGGCGCGCGGCUGGAGCCCGAGCCUACAACCAUGGUGGUGCGGCCAGCCAGCUCAGAAGCCCAGAUGGUGCAGUCCCUGGGCUUCGCCAUCUACCGUGCUCUGGACUGGGGAUUAGAUGAGAGUGAAGAGCGAGAGCUCAGCCCGCAGCUAGAGAGGCUCAUCGACCUCAUGGCCAACAGCGACUGCGAGGACAGCAGCUGCGGGGCAGCGGAUGAGGGCUACGGGGGUCCGGAAGAGGAGGAGGAGGCGGAGGGCGGCCCCCGAGCCGUGCGCACCUUUGCCCAGGCUAUGAGGCUGUGUGCUUCCCGCCUGACUGAUCCCCAUGGCGCGCAGGCCCACUACCAGGCGGUGUGCCGGGCUCUCUUUGUGGAGACGCUGGAGCUUCGUGCUUUCCUGGCCCGGGUGAGGGAGGCCAAAGAGAUGCUGCAGAAGCUGGGAGAGGAUGAGCCGCGGGUAGAGAAGCCACUGGCCGAGCUUGACCACCUGGGACACACGGACUGGGCCCGGCUGUGGGUGCAGCUCAUGCGGGAGCUCCGUCAUGGGGUGAAGCUGAAGAAGGUACAGGAGCAGGAGUUCAACCCGCUGCCCACCGAGUUCCAGCUCACCCCCUUCGAGAUGCUGAUGCAGGACAUCCGUGCCAGGAACUAUAAGCUGCGCAAGGUCAUGGUUGAUGGGGACAUCCCUCCCAGAGUGAAGAAAGAUGCACAUGAACUUAUCCUGGACUUCAUCCGCUCUCGGCCUCCACUGAAGCAGGUCUCAGAGAGGCGGCUUCGCCCUGUACCACAGAAGCAAAGAACACUGCACGAGAAGAUCCUGGAGGAAAUCAAGCAGGAGCGGCGGCUUCGUCCGGUGGGGGUCCAGCACCUGGGUGCCCGCGGGUUUGGUUCUCUGCCCUGCAUCCUCAACGCCUGCUCUGGGGACGUCAAAUCCACUUCCUGCAUCAACCUGUCUGUCACGGACACUGGGAGUGGAAGCCAGCGUCCUCGGCCCCGCGUCCUGCUUAAAGCCCCCACUUUAGCAGAGAUGGAAGAAAUGAACACAUCUGAGGAAGAAGAGUCCCCAUGUGGAGAGGUGACACUAAAGCGGGAUCGCUCUUUUUCGGAACAUGACCUGGCUCAGCUUCGGAGUGAGAUGGUCUCUGGCCUGCAGUCAGUCUCUCAGCCCCCAGGAGGCUCGGAGCCACCUCGGGCCAGAGCAGGCAGCAUGCACUCCUGGAGGCCCAUCCCCCGAGAGCAGGUUCCCUGUCCUGUGAGUGGCCAGUCCCAGCCUUACCCCAGCUCCGCCUUGCCCAGCAGCUUGAGCUCAGUGGAUAAAACAACGGAGGCUUCCGCACCAGAUACCAGACACCUGUGGCUGGAGUUCAGCCACCCUGUGGAGAGCCUGGCUCUGACUGUGGAGGAGGUGGUGGAUGUGCGCCGAGUUCUGGUGAAGGCUGAGAUGGAGAGGUUUCUGCAGGACAAGGAGCUCUUCAGCAGCCUUAAGAGGGGGAAAAUUUGCUGCUGCUGCCGAACUAAGUUUCCCUUAUUUUCCUGGCCACCUACCUGUCUCUUCUGCAAGAGAGCUGUGUGCACCUCCUGCAGUGUGAAGAUGAAGAUGCCUUCCAAGAAGUGUGCACACAUCCCUGUGUACACACUUGGUUUUGAGAGUCUUCAGAGGGUGCCAACUACCAAAGCCACACCAACACCGAGGAGAGAGGCCUUCCAAUCCCUGCAGGGACCAAAGUGGCGGAGUGUGGAGGAGGAGUUUCCCCACAUCUACGCCCAUGGCUGUGUCCUAAAGGAUGUCUGCAGUGACUGCACAAGCUUCGUGGCUGAUGUAGUGUGCUCCAGCCGCAAGAGUGUGGACGUCCUCAAUGCCACGCCACAACGCAGCCGCAGCCGCCAGACCCAGUCCCUCUAUAUCCCCAACACCAGGACUCUCAGUUUCCAGUGACUUGUGAUGGCCACCCUGCGCCCCAUCCUGGAACACAGCUGCCGUCAGCCCCCCUGCGCAUGUACAUAUAUACAUAUAUAGAUACAUUUAUAAUAUAUAUAUGGCCUAUAUAUUUAUAUAUACAUACAUUGUCUCUUUGCCCUACAGUUCAUUCAGGGCCAAGCUUUCUCCAGAACCUUCCCUGUUCCUUUCCUCUCAGGAAUCCUUGGAAAGGCUGGGAGGGACUGGGGAAUGGAGGAAGGGCCGAGGACUUUGAUCUUAGAACUCUGGCACAGCUUAUACCAUGGUUCUCUUUGGCGGCCUUUCUUCCCUGGGUGGACAGGGCAGCUUGGUUCGAGGGUGAACCUGAGUACCAGGUCUGCCUCUGCCGCACUUUUGGGGCCAAAACAGCAGAGGCACCUGGGACACCUCUAAAAGUGGACUGCGAAUUUUCCUG